AUAUAUACAAUAAUAAUUUAAGCAUUUUUUUUGCAGCAAACAUAAGGUGAAUGCUUCAAGAAAAUGAUUGAUCUAGAUUAUCUGCCGCGUUUGGAGUCUUUAUCGCCGGUUAAAGACAUAGAGGCGAUAUUGGAGAAUAAAGAACCCGAUAAGAGUAUAACGGUUGUGAAGUCGUUAAACUCAGGCAACGAAAAGAGUUGGCAAAGUGCUGAUAAUCAGCACAACAUUAUGCCCGAUCUUACCGGUUGUCGGUACAUUAGCCAGCUAUAA